AGUCAACAACAUGAGUGGGUGAGGAGACUCGUUGGGACGGCUGUGACUCAUGUGAUGUCACGCCAGUUGGGCCGGCUUUUAGCGUAAACGUCAAAUCUUCAUAGUGGAAAGAGAAGCGGAAGAGAAAUCGCUCAAAGAGCAAGCAUCUGUAUCAGGAAAAUGGACACGAAGGACGAGCGAAGCGCGCCGUGGAGCAGCCCUGUUCAUAUGCACAACCCACACCUUGAUGCACUAGAAGAAGACAUCCUCUACCACUUCAGUCUAGGAACUGGAACUCAUAACCUACAAGAGAUGUUUGGUGAUGUCAAAUUUGUUUGUGUGGGUGGGAGUCCCUGGAGAAUGAAAGCAUUCAUUGAGUACAUGGCUGCUGAGCUUGAUAUGGAAGACCCCAAUUUGGAGUAUCCGAAUAUCUGUGCUGGAACGGACCGUUACGCCAUGUACAAAGUUGGCCCUGUCCUCUCUGUCAGUCACGGCAUGGGCAUCCCGUCUAUUGCCAUAAUGUUGCAUGAGCUAAUAAAGCUCCUCUAUCAUGCAAAGUGCACAGAUGUUACAAUUAUAAGGAUUGGGACAUCAGGUGGAAUAGGACUUGAGCCUGGCACUGUUGUUGUCACCAAGCAGUCUGUGGAUGCCACCUUUCAGCCCAAGUUUGAGCAGGUGAUCCUUGGCAAGACUGUGGUGCGCAAUACUGAUCUGGACCAAAGCCUGGCUGAGGAGCUGCUGCAGUGCAGCAAGGAGCUAAAGCAGUUUAAUACAGUUAUAGGCAACACCAUGUGUACACUGGAUUUCUAUGAAGGGCAAGCCCGUUUGGAUGGUGCCUUCUGCUCCUACACUGAGAAAGAUAAGCAAGACUACCUCAAUAAAGCUCAGGAAGCAGGCGUGUAUAAUAUAGAGAUGGAAUCAUCAGUGUUUGCUGCUAUGUGCAAACUGAGUGGUGUACGAGCGGCUGUGGUUUGUGUAACGUUGCUGGAUCGGCUGAAGGGAGAUCAGCUGCACAGCCCUCACGAUGUCCUUCACAGUUACCAGCAGCGUCCUCAGAUACUGGUCGGCUACUACAUUAAGAAGCAGUUGAAAGCCAAAGCGCAACGUAGCUAAAUGCAAGCAUGCAGUAGAUUCUUGGUAUCAUUCCUAGCAGCCAUACAUACCUUUACAUAUCUCCACAAGACUUAAAUGAUGCCUCCUCUUUAUGCUUUGACACUGAUUUAGUUGAUACACAUGAUAUAACAACAGGCACUGCUACACAUUUGUUUUCUUUUCUAUUUAACUUAAGUACACUUUGACAGAGAAUUAUUAAUGUAGCACUCCAUCUUAGUUAAAUACACAUGUAAUACUUAUUUAAUUUAAGGUUCGCUUUGUUUUACUGGACAUGCAAAGUUUCUGCUCCAUAAAUCUUGAACCUGAAAAUAAGUUUUAGUAAGUCUAAGUUUACAAUGGUGCUAUAACAGAAACACCUUUACAGCCAUUAUAGAAAUUUUGAUUUGUUGGAGAUGUAUUAUUAUUAUUAUUAUUAUUAUUAUUCAAUUUUUUUACUAAAGACUUUGUAUAUUUGCUCAUAAUGUCCGUCAGAAUGUAAACACUCCAUUUGAAAAAGAUUUCUGAUUUGUGCUAUAAAUAAAAAGGAAAGCCAUAUGCAGUCUGAAAUUUUACAUGUGACUAGAAUAAUUCUUUAUGCAAUAACCACCGUGGCAUGAAUGAAAUGUAAAGUUUGUCAUUUGUGAUCUGCCAAUGUUUGCACCUCCGAAGAAGUCUGGCGAAGUGGUGACUAUCAUCCUGACAAAUAAACAAGCCAAAGAAAUGACUAAAUGGUGUUCCUUAGUGUGAUAUGUACUGUUUAAUCAUUUUGGAUGAUAAAUUAUAAAUAAAAGAAAAAGAUUCCUACAUUUAAUUUGUCACUUAAAAAUA